UCGUUGCUUUGCUUGCAAUAUUCAUUUCCAAUUUGUAUUUGUAUGACAAAGGUUCUAUAACUUCAUUCAUAAAGAAGAAGAAGAAAUUGAAGUAAAAGCAGAGAAGUAUUUUCAUUGAGAGAAAAACUUCAAAACGCAUAAACGAACCAAGCAAAUCAUGGAAAAAGUCGUAUUAUUAUUUCUUCUGUUUGGACUAACUUACGGUGAAAAAAAAUGCGUACCUGCAAUUAAGAGUGGCUGUGUACAGAAAAUAGGAGAGAAUGUUUUAGAAACUUUACUCGUUAGCUUUAGAGACGGAUCAAGCGAAAGUAUAGAGUGGACAAAUUUUGACAAAAGCGUGCAAAGUUUGAUAUGCAAAUGUGCACAAAAAGCUGCAAAAGAAAACUACGAAGUGUUUGGCGUACAAUACUAUGGAGAAUGUUGGGGUUCAAAGAAAAGUAUGAGAAAUAUUGCAAGACAUUUUAAGCCUUCUUCCACUUGUAUUGAUGGUUCCUACAAGCAAUGUGAUGAGAAAAGUGGUGGUAAAUGCGUGGGAACACAGGAUUCUACGUACAUAUAUACGAUAGGUGCGACAGAUAAAAUUGACGGUGGGUAUAGUGAUUGGACAACAUGGUCCACCUGCUCGGCAACAUGCGGCAAAGGAUACCAAGAUCGAUAUCGUUUGUGUAACGAUCCAUCACCGAAAAAUGGCGGUGAAAGUUGUGAAGAGAAUGGCGAACCGGAGCAAGUUCGAAAGUGUGAAAUAGCUCGUUGUGGACCUGCAGGGUACACGACUGCGACAUGCUCGGCUACUGAUACUACAUACUACACCAAAGUUGCUACCGAAGUUGAAUUGACUCCCUCAACACCUUUUUGUGCAGUGUUAGUAAAUGCUCUCGUGCCUAGCAGUAAAAAAUAUACCGUCUCCGUUCAAGUGUACAGUAAUGAGGAAUACAGUCAAGCACGAAUUGGAUUAAUGUUCAACGUAAAAGAUUUGAAAAAUUAUGAUUUUAUAUACCUCCAUUUUAGAUCUGACUUUUAUUGCUACACGACUGGAUCAGUUAGAAAUGGAUUAGAAGAUUGGAGAAAUAAAAAAUCUGAUCAAUGUAACCGGGGUUUUAAAGAAUACCAGUGGACCCAACUAAAGUUAGUUGUAGCCGAGUCAUCGGCAACGUUAACAGCCGACGGCUUACUAAUUCUAACCUGGCGACCACUAUCAAGUGUAACAGGACGAGCUGGUGUUUUAAUCAGAAAUGAUUUUAAACGCCACGAAGUUUUUUUUAAAGAUUUCAAAAUACAAGCCUGAAUAAAUAUUUUUUUAAUCGGAUAUUAAAUAAAUUGUAGCAUUUGUAGUAUUUUUUAAUUUUAAGUACAUGAAAAAUUCUUUGCAUGAAAAAAAAUCAAGUAGAACAAAGGAAAUAUUUAAAAGGAUUUUUAACUUGUGCUAAGUGUUAAUUCCAUUCAUUUUUAUUUAUUUAUUUAUUUUGCAGAUCUUCUUUCGCGGAAGCUAUCGAUAGUAAAAAUAAAUAUAAUAAAAAAAAUUAUUCAACUUGAUUUUUAUAUUUCAAAAUAUCCUUUACAAAGUUAUGUACAUAAUAAAUACAAUAGAUAAAUAUAUAAAUUACCACUAGUGAAUCACCCAUGGAUAAAUGACUCGUGUCUGUAAAAAUAAAAAUGGAAAAAUAUGCUCGAGUAACCACAAUCAAACUGAAGCCACAAUGUUUAAUAUAUAGGAAAGGUACAUUGGGACUUAUCUCGUCUGUCCCAUUUUUUAGACCAUAUGGUAACCGAUGGGUCACUAUUACAACAGACGUGACCUAAUAUUAAAACAUUUUGGACUAUUUGGGAAGUAACUGAAAAUGAUGAUAAGUUGUGAAAUUUCAACCCUUAUGUGUCAGACGUUAUUUCCAAAACGUCCCUUGGCUCGAAAUAGGAUUAAGACAUAAAAAACAACCUAUUACUUCCCUAGUUAUCUUGGUCCCGCCCGUUUUCCUAAAUUUACCUUUGGAAAGUCCAUAUCGUUGCAGCUGACAAUAAAACCUCCAGUGAGACCAUGAUGAACAAAAUUGCGCAUAAUAUAACUUCUGCUCUCAAUCUAAGAAAAAGAAUUACUAAAAAAAAUCCAAGCAACAUUAACAUUAUACAUUAUAUGUUAAAUAUCACCUUAGACCGUUAUUUUGCAAGUCGCGUAUUUAAUGUAUUUUAUGUUGAUUUAUAUUUUCAUAUGUAAGAUUUUAUUUGAUGAAUAGUAUUUUUUUCUGUUUUGAGUUUUAAUUAAAAUUUAAAGUACAAAAUGUAAAUUUUGGUUAUAAAAGAAUAAAAAUAUUAAAACA